UGUCGAGUGUAAUACGUAAAGGCAUUCUAAUGUGGAAUUAAACGAUGCCGGGCCUGAUAGCCUUUAGGAGGAGAUGGGGCAUAGGAUCGGACGAUUUCGUUUUUCCUGCCUUGCUGGAGUUAUUUUUGCGCUUAGUUUGGAUAACUGCCAUAUCCAUCGUGUACAGUGUACAUAGUGAUGCUAUCUUUGAGUGUAAAGAUGGACGUCUGCUGAAGGCCUACUACAUCGGUGUUCUGGUCCUGUUGAGUGUGACAGCGUUACUAUGUGCCAGCAUAGUGUAUGUCAGUAUGCAGGGCACAAUAAUGAUCACCUCCCCUCGGAAAAAACUCUCCAAGCUACUGUACUUAAAAAUUAUUAUCACUUUACCAGAGAUUGUAUGGAAUAUUCUUGGGACAUACUGGUCAUUCCUGCAAUCCAGUAACUGUCAGGAAUUUGUGGUACGGACAGUGCAAGGAGCAGUUAUCACUGGAUGGGUUCUGGGAGUUAUUGUUAUGAUAGGAAUAGCCAUUGUGUUUGAUCCAUUAGGGAAAGUCCAUAAAAAACAUGACAGUUCUUGCAGCGAUUUACAGAGUGAUGAAAAAUCUCAGAUCUUAGAAGGUGCUAUGACUGCUGCCAAACAGGCAUGGGAAAAAAGGUGCAGACUUUUAUGUUGCUGUAUACUGGGGGAUGAACAGAGCAAGGAUGCUUUUGAUGAAAUCAGUAAUCUAUUAGCAGAUUUCUUCCAGGACCUAGACUUGGUUCCCACAGACAUUGCUGCUGGUCUCAUACUGGUACAGAAGGACCAAGACAAAAUCAGUGCUGGCUGUGGCCGUUCCUACAACACGUUUACAGAACUAUCUACAAGUGUGAAGCAGCCCGUCAGCAGCCCCAGUGAUGUUCCCUUGGGACCCGCCAAUUGGAUGACCUCCAAAAACAUGCAUCACUACAUGAACUAUGCGGUGGGCAGCUAUGGAUGGCCAAUGUUUAUGUUCAGUCACCUAGCAACAGGGCUCUGUCGACUUUGUGGGGCGUGUAGGUGUCAGGCGUGUUUCACUGGAGGGGAGGUGAUAGAUGACAACUGUUGCCAGUGUCACACAGCAGCCAUUAGACGACAGACAAGAAUCUCUGAUACAGACCUGGUGUAUGUCAGCUUCCACAAUAAGAUUUACCAGAUCCCCUUCUAUGUGGCCAUAGACAGAGGCCAGCAGACAGUAGUGGUAUCAGUCAGGGGGACCCUCUCACUGAAGGAUGCAGUGACGGACAUGUCUGCAGAGAGUGAAGCGCUAGAGAUGGUGGAGAACGCUGUAGGACACAGGGGCAUUCUACAGGCAGCUAAAUAUAUCAAGGACCAACUCCUGGGUAGAGGGAUCCUAGAGGCUGCAUUUCAACAGGCACAGGGGGCUGGGCUUGUGAUAUGUGGGCAUAGUUUAGGUGCCGGGGCAGCAGCUUUACUGGCCUUGCUACUGAAGUCAGAGUAUCCUGACGUCCGAUGCUUCGCCUACUCCCCACCUGGUGGUCUCAUGAGUUACAAUGCCAGCGUGUUCUGUAGAGACUUUGUGUGUUCAGUGAUACUAGGGAAAGACUUCAUCCCCAGGCUUGGUCUGGUAUCAAUGGAGGACUUAAAAGCAAAAACAUUACAAUGCAUAGCCAAUUCCAAAACUCCCAAGUACAGGAUUCUAAUGAGAGGGAUAUGGCAGCUCUUCUGCAGCUGUAAGGAUGAAAACUUGAUAACAGAGAAUGACAAAAGCAUCCUGGUGGAUAAUGAGGAAAGCAACCACUCACAGCAAACUUUACAGAGAAAUAUCUCAAUUCUGCAAUACCAAACUUCUGUGUAUGGUAGGAAGCUUCAGAAUGCUAUUCAGAACACUAUCCAUGCACGUGAGCAGUACAAGAUAACUCACACCCCACUGUAUCCCCCCGGUCAGAUCCUCCACAUACAGGAAGUUGACACAGACAGAGGUUGCUUUGAAGAUCCUGCAUAUUUCGCUGAGUGGAAGGACCCCAAAGAUUUUACUGAGAUUCUGGUUUGUCCGGAGAUGAUAUCUGACCAUUUUCCAGACAAAGUGCUGAAAUCCCUGGAACUUCUUAGUGCCAAAAACUUCACCCCUCACUCAAGAAAUCCUGGUCCAAUCGAUGACACAAAAGUUUAGGACAGAUGUGUUCAAUGGAAAUCCUCAUGUUUUUAAUAUGUAUUUUAUAUCUCUUCCAUGCUUACUGCAUUUCCGAGUUUAUUUUUUGUAUUAAUUGAUAAAGGUAUAUAAUUUUCCCCCAAUGUGACCUGGUCAGACAAGUAUCUUAUAGACAGAUAAAGACUCAAAAGUUGUCUCCCAGCAUUAUAGUUUUGCUAGUCUUUUAGCAGUUGUUAGCUAAGGAUGAUGAUUUUGAUUACUGCUCUUUAGAAAUCCAUCUGGUGAUAAAAGCUUUACGAAGUUGUAGUAUACUAAAAUAUUUCAAUCAGUGUUCACUGAAAAAGCCAAAUGUUUUCAUACACAAUUUUUUACAUUCUGUAUUAGCUUCUGUGUUAUUAUGCUUCAACAAGAUAGAGUAUCGGUAUAACUUGCUUUUUAAUGCUCUUCAUAGUAUCAAUGAUUCUUGUACAUUUGUAUUAGUGUAAAUUGAAAUGGUGUUUGUAAUUGUCAAUCAAACAUGAGUUGAUGACUUACAUGUAAUUAUAUGAUAACAGUUAGAGAUAUUAGCUGUGAUAUUUGAUUGUUUACAUUGAAUGAUGCAUAUGUUGAUACUUGUAAGGGUGAUUCUUGAAUUCUUGUAUGAAAUGCAUGAUUCAUUUACAUGUAGUUACUUGUGUUACUGUAUAAAUUAAAUCAUACUGAAACUUGUAUUUUUGUAUGGUUUGAUACUAAUGAUUACCUGUAUUGAUGCAUAUUGAUACUUGAGUUGUUGGGUUAAUUUAUACAUAAUCAGAUACUAGUAUGAAUUAUUGUAUGGAAGAUCCAUGUAUUGAUGUAAACAUGUUCAUAUAUGAAUUAUUGUUUGGAAGGAUACACAUAGGUACCUGAAUUGUCAAGUUGAUUGAUCAAUACAUAUUGAAAACUGUAUGCAGUGAUGAUACACAUCGAUACUUCUAUUGUUGCAUAAAUGGAUAUUUAUAUUUGUCCUUCCAAAUGCCAAAAUAAGUAUUGAAAAUAUAUCAAUCAAAUGUUUGUUGUUUCACACAGUCAAUAAGUUUCAAAAAAACACUUUGUUGGUGAAGAACAAUGAAUUGAUUCAAUGUGCAUUUUUUUUUUAAUUGUUAAACUUUCCUUUCGUGUAGGUUAUUAUUUUUUAUGUUGUUCAUAAUCAAAAGGACAUUGUUGCACUGAGAGGGAAUGAUCAUUGUCCCUCUUAAAACUAAAAGAAAUUACAUAACGCUUGUGUUUACAUCAAAUCUAGUAUCUGCUUAACCUGCAUCAACUUUUUGACAUUUUUGCUGGACUGACCAUAAAUCUUGCCUGAACUUUGCGACCACUCCUGUGGUAUUAUGUUCACAGUUUGUACACAAUAUACCUGUCUUUUUAAUGCUCGCUUCAUGUACUUUCAUUCUUAAAUGAAUUAAAACUAGAAGUCAUUAGA